CACAUACACACAGACACAUACACAAACGCACGCGCACAUACACACGCGGCUGACCGGCCCUGCGCAUCGCUGGAACAUGUGGAGUGCCGCCUUGCGCGUGCUCGCGCUGCUGCUCGGACUGAAAGGCGCGUGCGUGCUGCUCGUGUCCGCGCUGUCGGGAGCGAGCGCGGCGAACAGCAGCGGCCGCUGGUGGGGCAUUGUGAACGUGGCAUCUUCAGCCAACCUCUUGACCAACACCAAAAACGUGCAGUUGGCGCUGGACCCCAGCCUGACUUUGCUCAGCCGUCGUCAGAGGAGGCUGAUCCGGCAGAACCCCGGCAUUCUGCACGCCAUCGCGGCCGGCCUGCACACGGCCAUCAAAGAGUGCAAGUGGCAGUUCCGCAACCGCCGCUGGAACUGCCCCACCUCACACACUCCCACCGUUUUCGGCAAAAUCGUCAACAGAGGUUGCCGAGAGACAGCCUUCGUGUUUGCCAUCACGAGUGCGGGGGUGACCCAUGCAGUGGCCCGGUCCUGCUCUGAAGGCACCAUCGAGACCUGCACCUGUGACUACAGGCGGCGGGGCCCCGGCGGGCCGGACUGGCACUGGGGCGGCUGCAGCGAUAACGUGGAUUUUGGCCGGGUGUUCGGACGAGAGUUUGUGGAUUCCAGCGAGAGAGGCAGAGACCUGCGAUACCUCACUAAUCUACACAACAAUGAAGCGGGCAGAAUAACUGUUGCCGCAGAGAUGCGUCAGGAGUGUAAGUGUCAUGGCAUGUCUGGCUCCUGCACUGUGCGCACCUGCUGGAUGCGGCUGCCCAGCUUUAGAGCAGUUGGGGACGUCCUAAAGGACCGCUUCGAUGGAGCCUCCAGAGUGGUAUAUGCCAACAAAGGCAGCAACCGGGCAUCCCACCGUGCUGACCCCCGCCACCUGCAGCCUGAGAAUCCAGCACACAAACUGCCAUCUGCUCGCGACCUUGUCUACUUCGAAAAGUCACCCAAUUUUUGUUCUUACAAUGGCAAAACGGGCACGCUGGGCACAUCGGGACGCACCUGCAACAGCUCGUCUCCGGCGCUGGACGGCUGUGAGCUGCUGUGCUGCGGGCGGGGCUAUAAGACACGUAUUGAGAAGGUGACGGAGAGAUGCCACUGUACUUUCCACUGGUGCUGCCACGUCAGCUGCCUCAACUGCACCAGCACGCAGACUCUGCACCAGUGUUUAUGAGGGCAGCGCUCCUGCCACAUUCAAACGGGCAUAAACUGGAAAUGGACAUUUGGACUAUAGGCGUUUUUCCAGGUUUAGUGUGUAUAUAUUGGAGAUUAAUAUCUUUGUUUUUAGCAGUUGCUUUUAUACCUGUUAAAAGAAUGAGAUAAAUUGACAAAAACAGUGGCUGGGUAAGUCAAAAAAGUGAGUACAUAUGGCAAGAAAUGUGCUAACUGACCAAUUCUUUUAUAUCAUUUUAUUAAAUGAAUACAGCUGUCCUACAUGAGCUUCUUAAAGUAAUACCCCAACAUUUUUCAAGCUAAUCUCUAUCUACCAUAUAUGUAGCAAAUGAUCUAUUAUGAUGGACAAUAAUUGUGACACAUUUCCUUGUACUUAAAAAAGAGCAGCCCAUUGACUCAAGAGCCACAAUAGAAGCCGAUGGGCAGUUGAUUCAGCACCUACCCAUUGGCUUCUAUUGUAAAUGAAUUUUGAGUCAAUGGGCUGUUCUUUUACAGCACGAGGAAAGUACAAGGAAAUUACUGUCAGUGGUAACUGAUCAUAUGCUACAGAAGCAGUAGAUAGAGAUUAGCUUGAAAAAUGCUGGAGUGUUCCUUUAAAGGAGAAUUCCACCAAAAGUUUCAAAAUUCCUGUUUAAGCAAUUGUUUAAGUGUGUCAGAAUUCUUCACAGUGGUGGUGGUAGGGACCAGACCUCUGAGGUGUUUAA